AUGGCGGGCGACGAGUACUCUAUCGGUGGCGGCAAGCUCAAGCUCAAGGGGAGCAAGGUUAGUGGAGGACGGAUAGAGAAGAAAAAGAAGAAGAGUUCGAAGAAGAAGGAGGAGGGUUCUGGGACUCCUGGGACUCCUGGGACUGGUGAUGUGACGCAGAAAUCGGCUGUUGAGACGAGUGAUCCCGCAACGCCGACUGAUUCUAGAGUGGAGAAGCGCGAUGAUAAUGACAAUGACGAUGGUGAUAAGGAGCGCGAGAUUGGGGGUGGGAAGACUGAGACGGAGAGGAAGUAUGAGGAGAUUCGGCGGAAACGGUUACAUGAACGACUUCAGCGGGAAGGCGUCAAGACUCAUAAAGAGCGGGUUGAAGAACUGAAUAAGUAUCUUAGUCGGUUGAGUGAGCAUCACGAUAUGCCCAAGAUUGGACCGGGUUAA